AUGAACCACUAUUCGGGCCUCCUCUCUCUCGACGAUGACGUCCUCCUCGCGAUUUUCUCCUUCCUGGAUUCCAAGGCGGCGCUGGCCACAGCUUCCACCUCCAAACGGGCCUAUAGUCUCGCCAUCUCUCGCGUCUUCGCCGACCUAUCCUGGAGUACAGUCUGCUUUUCGGAAGACGAGGACGGCUCUAGAGCCCUCGCCUUUUCGCGCUACAUGUGCGCACCUGAACUACCCCACGUCCAACAUCUCCGCCAUCUCGCCCUCGGCAACGCUAUGAAACCGGUCGAACUGCCACCUCUACACGAUAUUCUUAGUCAAACCUCCAAUCUCCGCACCAUCGACAUCGAAAACUUCGAGGACUUCCUCCACCCCGACGGGCACAGAGUCAUCCAAACGAUCGGCGCGAUGCCCCACCUCGAGGAGGCACAUCUGCAACGUAUCGAACCCAAGGCGGUUUCUGGACUUCCAGUCAUGUUAUCUAGUCCGAACCUCACCACUUUGACACUGGGCUUUUCCUUCGCCCACUACAGCGGUGGGGAAGACGCGGAUUUGCUGGCGCGAGUUCAAGGACAACCUCACCACACCCCUCUUCGCCGCGCUCCCAUCGCUACCGCCGACACGUCGCGCAUCGCCGGAGCGACCCGCGUCGCCUUCCUGAAGCCUCUGCCUGGUGAGCAUGCGCGGACGAUCCCUACCCUUCGCGUCCUCGCGCUCUCGUCGUGCAAGCCCAUGCUCACCCGCCACGACACCGAUGAGGGCCGCGCUGGGCGCACGGACGCGCAGACUACUACAACGCACCACGCGGUGUCCGCUCUCGGGUACACGAACGAGGGCGUCGCCGCGUACGUCUACCCGAGCGCGAAGUACGGGAGCGUCCCGCUGUUCCGGAUGUACUCGACGUCGGCGUCGGACCACUUCUAUACGACCGACGUGGACGAGAAGCACAGGGCGGUCGCGUCGUUGGGCUCCUCGGACGAGGGAGUUGUCGGGUACGUGUACCAGGUGAAGGUCGCGAACUGUUAA